AUGACCAUCACCUCAGUCCAGACCUUCCUGCCCAGUCGAUUCGCGAUCAAUUCAUCGGAGAAGCGCGAGGCUAAACCUACACCGCAAACCUAUGGGGUCCAGGAUUUCCCUUUCAAGGGUUAUCAACCUCCACAGCCCGACGGAUAUGAGCAGAGCAAGGCCCAUCCGGACACAAGCGCCAUCGUCAUUGACAAUGGCUCUCAUCUCGUUAAGGCGGGGUGGUCUUUCGACGAAAACCCACGAUUCGUUCUUCCCCCCGUUAUGAGCCGCUACCGCGAUCGCAAACUCAAUCGCCAAUGCCAUUUCAUUGGAUACGACUCCUAUCUCGAUGCGACUACGCGCGGUCAGCUCCGAUAUGCCUUUGACCCUGGCUCUAGUGUGGUCGGCAACUGGGAUGUUAUGGAAGGUGUACUGGAUUACUUGUUUCUCAAGCUCGGUGUGGAUGGCGCCAACGGGGGCCAAUUGCCAAUCUUGGAUACCCUCGAAAAAAUCCUGUUCGAGUGCUAUUCGGCACCGUCAGUGGCCUAUGGCAUCGAUUCACUCUUCGCCUACCGUUACAACAAGGGCUCAGAUGGAUUAGUCGUUUCUUCUUCGCAUACCUCGACACAUGUCAUUCCUGUGUUAGAUUCGAAACCGCUCCUGUCCAACUGCACUCGGCUCAACUGGGGCGGACUUCAAAACGCGGAAUAUCUCGCGAAGCUGCUAAAGCUCAAAUAUCCUACCUUCCCCGCCCGCAUGACAGAUAAUCAAAUGGAGGAUUUGGUACACAAGCACUGCUACGUUUCAAAAGACUACGACCGCGAACUCGGUGGCUAUCUCGACUGGACAGGGCUCGAGGACCGGGAUCAUGUCAUUCAAUACCCCUUCACAGAGCAUAUCAUACCGGAGAAAACCGAAGAAGAAUUGGCGCGCAUUGCCGAACGCAAAAAAGAGAGUGGCCGCCGCUUGCAGGAGCAAGCCGCCAAGAUGCGAUUGGAAAAGCUGGUCAAGAAGGAGCAAGAACUAGAAUACUGGAAAGAUCUGCAGACUCGCCUGGCUUCCGAGACAAAGAAAGAGAUUCGUCGAGUGCUGGAGGCGGAAGAUCUCAAGGACGAAGCGCAUUUGGAACGCAUGAUUCGGGAUCUGGAGAAGUCCAUCAAGCGCUCUCGCAACAAGGACUUGGGUAUCGAAGAGACCGAGGAGCAGCAGGAAGAAAUGACCUUCCCAUUACUGGAUGUUCCCGACGAGGAGCUAGACGAGGCCGGCCUGAAAGAAAAACGUCACCAACGCCUGAUGAAAUCCAACGUUGAAGCUCGAGCACGCGCCAAGGCAGAGAAGGAACGGGAAAAAGCCCGUCGGGAGGAAGAAGAACGUCUGGAUCGGGAGAAGCGAGAAAAUGACUUUGAAAAUUGGAUCGCAGAGCGACGUGCAAACCGUCAAUCUAUUCUCCAGAAAAUUAAGGACCGUGACCGCAUGAAGGCGGAUCUUGGCAACCGCAAGUCCCUUGCCAGCCAAAUGCGCAUGAAGACCCUGGCCAAUCUGGCCUCUGAUGGUCCUAAGAAGCGUCGGCGAGGUGGGGACGACGACGACUUUGGCGCCAAUGACGAAGAUUGGGGCGUGUACCGCACUGUGGCCAAAGAUGAGCAGAGUGACGAUGAAGAGGAGGAAGACCUCGGUGGCAUGCUUAACAGCAUUGAACAGGAGCUGCUCGAGCACGACCCUGACUUUACAGAAAAUCACACGCUUGCAGCCCAGUCUGAUUGGACCAAGAGCCUUGUCCAUGCAUUCCUGCGCGGUCCAUGGCCGUUCGAUCCUGAGAGUCAGCGUGAGGCACACCAAAUCCAUCUCAACGUUGAGCGCAUUCGCGUCCCUGAGGUCGUAUUCAAACCUUCCAUUGCGGGCGUCGACCAAGCGGGUUUGAUCCAGAUCGCUGCUGACAUUGUGAAUCAACGAUUCACCGACCCUGCGGCCCGAAGCCGUCUCCUCAAGGAUGUUUUCUUGACUGGCGGUAAUACACUGUUCACUGGGUUCGAAGAGCGCUUCCGCAACGAGCUGCGCGCAUUCCUGCCCAUGGAUGCUGCAUUGAACGUACGCCAGGCCGCAGACCCUGUCUUCGAUGCAUGGAAAGGUGCCGCGCAAUGGGCCGGAAGUGCCGACCUGGGCCGGUGCUCUGUGUCUCGCGAUGAAUACUUGGAAAAGGGCAGCGAAUAUAUCAAGGAGCACGAUCUGGGCAACGUUACAUGGUGA